AUGACAGCAUACACACCACCAUCCCCAGGAUCAAAGAUUAUCAUUGUCGGUGGAGGAUGUUUCGGUCUUUCUACUGCACAUGCACUGUCUUUGAAGAAAAAGUAUGAUAUUUGGGUAUUUGAUCGUCUUCCCAUUCCUGCAACAGAUGCUGCUUCAACAGAUAUCAACAAGAUUGUCAGAAUGGACUAUGCUGAUGACACACUUUACCUGCAAUUGAUGCUUGAGGGUAUGCCCAUAUGGCGACAAUGGAACAAAGAACGUGCUGCGGAAGGGCUUGGCCCAGUUUACAAUGAAACGGGUGUACUGUUCUUUGGAUCCAACGGAAAGUUCUCUGAUUAUGAAAAGAAGAGUAUCAAGAGUAUUACUGAGGCUGGUUAUGGCCAUGUGAUUGAACACCUCCCGACUCCCAAGAGCAUUACUGACAAGUACCCCCAGUUCAAAGAAGCAGUCGAAAAUGGUUAUGAUAUUGCAUACCUUAACAAGGAUGGUGGUUGGUGUAACUCAGCCGAAGCCGUGAAGCAUAUAUACAACAAAUGCAUAAAAAACGGUGUUCAAUUUGUGUUGGGCCCGGAUAAAGGCACAUUUGAGAAGUUCCAGGAGAAGCCUGGAAGCAGUGGUGUCAAGGAAGUGGUGGGAAUCGUCACUAAAGAUAAAAAAGUUCAUUACGCUGAUCGCGUUAUUAUGGCAACCGGUUCGUGGACACCUGGGUUGGUAGACAUAUCUACUCAAUGUAUUGCCACUGGACAAGUUGUUGCCCAAUUCCAACCACCACAGAGUCUUAUCACCAGCCUAAAGAAUCAGCCCGUUUGGUGUACAGAUGUUUCCAGAACAGGAUACUAUGGAUUCCCGGUCAAUGAAGGGGGGAGAAUGAAAGUAGCAAGACAUGCAACUGGCUAUAUUGCUCCUCGCCUUCAAGAUAACGUGUCAGUCCCAAGGACCCAGGUUACACAUUCUGGAGAUACUAUUCCAGUUGGCGCAUUGAAGCAUAUGCGUACUUUUCUCAACGGCUUCUUACCGCAGACCAGCUCGCUUGAUGUUGUUUACUCACGUAUUUGCUGGUACAGUGACUCUAUCGAUGGUGGGUUUGUGAUCUCGCCUCAUCCAGAAUAUAAAAAUCUUAUUGUGGCUUCAGGAGAUUCAGGCCAUGCGAUGAAGUAA